UGCGCAGAAGUGAGCUCUGAGACGUGUUUCUGUUUACAUGCUUUACAGAUGCUCUGCUCAUCUUCGGUCUUAUUUUAAGUCAAGGCUCUGCAUGAUUGGAUUGAUUUGACAGCUGGUCAGAAUGAGCUCAGAGCCAGCAAGCAUUGAGAGCCUGCGGGUGUUGUACCAGAGCGAUGACUACAUUAUUGUGGACAAACACUGGGAUAUCCGCAUAGACAGCAAGAUGUGGUACGAGAAGCAGACGGUGCAGCUUCAGCUUCAGCAUCAUUUCCCCCAUCUGGCAGACCCCAGCACCUACUAUGGAUUCAGGUUUUGUCAUCAGCUGGAUUUUUCCACCAGCGGAGCUCUUUGUGUCGCUCUCAAUAAGGCUGCUGCUGGAAGGGCCUACCGCUGCUUUAAGGACCGCACUGUUACUAAAGCCUAUAUAGCUUUGGUUCGUGGAUGGGUGGAACAGGAGACACAAACUUUGAAUUUUGCUAUUGGCAAGAACUCCAUGGAGGGAAGAACACAUAUGAUGUGCAUUGAAGGAAGUGAAGGUUGUGAGAAUCCAAAGCCUUGCCAAACUGAGGUGACGGUGUUGGAAUACGGGAUGUAUGACGGAGACCCGGUCACCAAGGUGCUGCUGCAGCCACUCACUGGUCGAACCCACCAGUUGAGGGUCCACUGCAGCGCCAUCGGCCACCCAAUCGUCGGAGACUUCACCUACAGCUUGGGAGCAGAUGACUCUCCGUAUCGUAUGAUGCUGCAUGCCUAUCUCCUCCACAUCCCCCUGGAGCCUCAGCAGCUUCUCGUCACAGCCGGAGACCCCUUUGUCCCUGCUGUCGACCCAAAAUGGAUUUCACAACGCUCACUGAGGACACUGGAGGCCACAGUUGAGGCUGUUUUGGAGCAUAGAAAAAUUAAAGAGAAGGAAGAAGAGGUGGCAAGAAGAGAGGGGGAGAAGAGGAAGCAAAGCAAGCAACGAAAGAUGGAGGAGCAGAGCGAGGAGCAGAGGAGGGCUUGUCAGGAGUGGCUGAGUGAAUGGGCGGGGGAUUGAUAGGACCUUAAUGUUUUUGUUUUAUUUUAGCUGUUCACACAAACUAACAUGCUGACCAUUGAAAACAUGAAGUACCACGCAAAGUGAGAAGAAGAGCAUGAAAGAAUGAAUGAAGGCGGUAAAACUUAAGGUGUUCAUUCCUGCAUCUUCGUUCAUUAAAUCGCAUGUAUUUUACUGCAGCUAAAAAUGAAGUGCCUUCACUCACAGUCAGGAGUUCCCUCUUUAAGAGGUUUUUAUUUACAUUUUGUAUACAACAAUGAAAAGAAAACACUUCUUUCAUGCAGAUGCGUUUCCUUUUUCAUGAAGGUUUUAAGCUGUAGAGAUUUCCUUGGCCCACAUUGUCAUAUGAUGUACCGGUAUGUAGUUGUGGAAAUCCCAGUCUAAAUGUGCUCUAUGCAUUUUUGCUGUUUGAUAUUUUUGAGUCUGUUUAAGAUUAUUCACUCCCACUUGGUCUCAUGCUUGAAAUGACCAGAAUCCAAACAGAUUUGUAUCAUUAUUACAUCUUGGUUGAAUAUACCAGCAGAUGGUGGCUACUCAGUGGGGCAGCGGGAAGUACUGCUGCCUUGCAGCAACAAGGGGUCUUUCUGCAUGGAGUUUGCAUGUUCUCCCUGAGCAUGCGUGGGUUCCCUCCGGGUACUCCAGCUUCCUCCCACAGUCUAAAAACAUGACUGUUGAAUUAAUUGG